AUGAUGCUAUACCCAAACGCUCCCGAGGCUGCAAGCCGUUUCCUCAAGUUCGUCAACGCUUCUCCGACACCCUUUCAUGCUGUCCAGAAUGCCGCGCUCCGAUUGGAGAAGGCAGGCUUUUCGAAGAUCUUAGAAAAGGAUAAUUGGGAUGGCGUUGUGAAGGCUGGUGGCAAGUACUACUUCACCAGAAAUCAGAGUGCGCUGGUUGCGUUUACUCUCCCACAGCAAUGGAAACACGGUGCUGGAUUGAGUAUAGUCGCUACUCACGUCGAUAGCCCGAAUCUCAGAAUACGCCCCAUUUCCAAGAGGACGAAAUCUGAUUACCUGCAGGUCGGCGUUGAGACUUACGGUGGUGGCAUCUGGCACUCCUGGUUCGACCGUGACCUGUCCAUCGCCGGGCGUGUAGUCGUCGCCGACAAGUCCGGUACAUACUCUUCGAAACUCAUCAAGAUCGAGCGGCCAAUUCUGCGGAUCCCCACCCUUGCCAUUCAUUUGGACAGGAACUCUGCGGCUGAUUUCAAAUUUAAUACCGAAACGGAGUUCACGCCCAUUCUCGGCCUGAUCUCCUCUCAAUUGAAUGCACCAACAACCGAACCGGAAAAGAAGCCCGAGACUAAACCAGCAUCGAGCAUUCAGGAUUAUCAUCAUCCUGCCCUACUUUCGUUGCUGGCUGGCGAACUGUCCGUGGCUCCCGAAGAAAUCCACGAUUUCGAACUACAAUUAUACGAUACCCAGCCUUCUGUCCUUGGUGGAAUCAACAAUGAAUUUAUCUUCAGCCCCCGGAUGGACAAUCUCGUCUCUUCGUUCUGCGCAGUGGAAGCCUUGGCUGACCACGCAUCCACUCAAAGUUUCCCUACGCUGGAAGGCAACGUCAACUGCAUCGCCCUAUUCAACCACGAGGAGAUUGGCAGCGUUUCCACCUCAGGCGCAGAGUCUAACCUUAUCCCCUCGCUGCUCUCUCGCUUGUCCCCCACCGCUGAAACACACUCGCAGUCCAUAUCCCGCUCUUUCCUCAUUUCAUCUGAUAUGGGCCACGCGCUCCACCCCAACUACACCUCCAAGCACGAGGACAACCACAAGCCACAAAUGAACGCCGGCAUUGUAAUCAAGACGAACGCCAAGCAGCGAUAUGCUAGCGACGCCAUUGGCUCGUUCCUUGUCAGGAAGCUCGUGGAACGCAAGGGUGGCAAGGUGCAGGAAUACGAAGUUCGAAAUGACAUGGCUUGUGGUUCAACGGUUGGCCCCAUGCUCUCGGCACUUGGUCUUAGAACCGUUGAUGUCGGAAACCCAAUGCUGUCCAUGCAUUCUAUCCGUGAAACUGCUGGCGCACACGAUGUGCAGCAUGCCAUUGAUCUGUUCGAAGCGUUCUUUGAAGGCUUCGCGGAGCUCGACCAAAAGCUCACUGUAGAGUGA